AUGUAACAGGAGGAGAGAAGAAUUACCAAAGAGUACUUGAAAAAGCUUUUAAGAAAAGAAUUUAAGCUUUAUUACACAACUCCUGAGCUCAAUGAUUGUCUCUAUCUGCAUUACAAAGGUUUUGAUAAGAUUGAGAAUCUUGAAGAGUUUACAGGAUUAAAAGUUAUUUAUUUAGAGGGAAAUGGUCUAAACAAUAUUGAAGGUAUGUUGAUAUAUGUAUCCUAAUAGGACUUGAUUGUUUGACUUCUUUGAAAUGUUUAUAUUUAUAAGAAAACAUUAUUAGAAAAAUUGAAAACUUGCACAUGUUAACAGAGCUAAUUAAUUUAAAUCUAAGUGACAAUAUGAUAACCAAGAUUGAAGGGUAUAAAUAGUAAAUUUACAUAUUUAUAGGUUAGAAUAAUGUUAAAAAUUAUAGACUCUUCAAAUAAAAAGAAAUAGAAUAGGAAUGAAUGGACUAAGUGAUUUGGAAGGAUUACUUUGCUUACCAAAUUUGUCAGUGUUGGAUGUAUCAGAUAAUAAAAUAGAUGACCCCAAUGUUUUAGAUGAAAUAUUUUUAAAAAUGCCAUAAUUAUCAGUGUUGUAUUUCUAGAACAAUUCUGCUGGAAGGUAAAUAUAACAUUAUCGAAAAACUCUCAUCAGUAGAAUUAAGACCUUAAAGUAUUUAGACGACAGACCUGUGUUUGAUGAUGAAAGAAGUAAAAUAUUUUAUAUAUAAAACAUUAAGGAUUUGCAGAAGCUUUUUCAAAAGGAGGAUUAGAUAUGGAGAGAGAAGAGAGAUAAAAGUAUAAAAAAGAAUAAGAAGAAGAACAUAUGAGAUAACAUUAGAAUUUUAAAGAUAUGAUUCGUAAAUAUAGGGAGGAAUAAUAAUAAUUACAAGAAUAAUAAUUACAAGAAUAAUAAUAAUAAGAAUAAUAAUAAGAAUAAUUAUAAUAAGUAGAUAAUGCUUCAGAUAAUGAAGAACCUUCACAUUUAUCAACUUAUAAUACUUAAUCAAAUACUAGUGAUAUUAGAUCAUCUGCUCAAUAAUCUGCUCAGCAUUCAGAACACUAAUCAGAAAAACACUCAGAUAAGUAAUCAGAUAAUCAAUCUGAAAAUGCCUCAAGAAUUGCAGAUGGACAUAGUGAACAUAGAAGUAUAGAGGGUGAUUAGAAGAGUGUUGAUGGAGCUAGUGAACAUGGAAGUGAAUAAGUGGAAAUUAAUACAAUUGGUAAUUUUGGACAGUCAACUCAACUUGAUGAAAUUGAUUGAUAUAUAUGU